AUGAGCACUGGAGGAGCAUUUGGAGGGAACAGAGGAGCACGACCAGUUCCACCAGAGAAAGGAGUUUUUCCAUUGGACCAUAUGCACUUAUGUGACCUGGAGAAGAAAGAAUAUAUAAGUUGUCUCAAAACAUCAGGGCAUAAAUCCGAGAUAUGUAGACACCUUUCAAAGAAAUACUUGGAAUGCCGAAUGGAAAAGAAUUUGAUGGCAAGGCAAGACAUGUCGGAACUUGGUUUUGGGAAGGAAGACAUCUCAGAAGUGACUAAAGAGAAAAACGAAGAUGGGAGGAUAAAAAGUUGAAUUUCUAAAUGCCACAAAGAAAUUAGGUCGACUCAAAAGCGCAAAUAUCUUGUCUAUGAUUCAUAAGCGAUCCUAUAUUAACCAAAUUUGAUUAGUAAUAAUGGUGGGAAGCUUCAAUGAGUAUCAAAUUUUGAAUAUCCUUGCUCGAGUUUUCACUCAAGUUCUCUGCACGAUGUACUUGUAUGCUUUUUUCAAUGAGGGUUAAAUGUAUGAGAUAGCAACGUAUUUUUAUUGAUUUGUUUAUUAUAAUA